CCAUCUGCCCACAGGCCCCGGAUCCUUCCUGGAGCCACAGGGGGGAGCUGGGGGACGUGGGGCGGUCCCGAGCAGCCGCGCGCCUCAGGCCGCGGCUCCGUCAGGGAGCCUCAGGGUUAGAUAAGGGGGGGGGGGGAAACCACCCCCCGCUUCGGAGAUAGUCUUCGUUCUCUGGGCACAGCAAAAUGCCAGGGCGUUCCCUUCCCUCGGUGCCCAGAGCGCCCUGGCGGACGGACGUCGCUUUCGUCCCGAGCGUUUGUUCUACAGGAAGUGUCCGGUGUUAGAUGUCCUACCAAGGAGGAGAAACGCUAUUGGGACGGCUGAAGAACUGUGCAUCUCAUGCAUGUACAGUCCCCUUCCUCUCAAGCCUGUUAAUUGAUAAUGAUAAUCAUGAUCGCCAGCCUUUGGGCAGUGAGCGCCAGCUCAGGAAUAACGGGGCCAGAAGCCAGGGGAACACAUCAAGAAACUGACACCGGAGACUCUCCCUCCCGACUCCACUCCCCCAGUCCUCCAAGGCCAUAGAGCGCAGGGCCAGAGUGGCACGUCUCGAUGGUUCCUUUCGGAGGACGGAAAAGCCGGAAGUGCCGCUGCCAGAAGCCUAGGAGGGCCUCUCUAGCCGAAAAUAGGCUUUCCUCUUUUCCCCCGCGACAGACAUUCCGCAGGGCACGGCCGACCCAGACCCCGAGCUAGGAUCAGAGGGAGAAGUUUGGGUGGUGGCCGUGGAAGCUACGCGGCUCCUGGGGAGGGCAUCGUGCACCAGGGAUUGGCUGUCCCGCUGAUCAAUCACAGGGUCGCCCGGAGACUGCACGCGGAAUUGGGCGGGAGCCAGGAACAGAGAUGGCCAGCGAGGAGGAGGCGGAGGCCGCCCGGCCCCCCAAGAGAAAGAGGUUCACCAUUCCUCUGGAGGAGGAGGCUCCGCCCCUGGAGGUGAAGUCCUUAUUCAAGUCCAGCCGGAGCGGCCCUCCACCCGCCACCUCUGUCCGUGAAGCAGCCCCAACCUAUGCCGACUAUACAACAGCCGGGCUCUGUUCUAGAGGGGCCUGGGCACAAGCUGCUCCCCAAGGGGCCCGGCCCGAGGCUGCUCCCCAAGGGGCCCGGCCCGAGGCUGCUCCCCAAAGGGCCCGGGCAGAAGCUGCUCCCCAAGGGGCCCGGCCCGAGGCUGCUCCCCAAGGGGCCCGGGCAGAAGCUGCUCCCCAAGGGGCCCGGCCCGAGGCUGCUCCCAACCUGGGACUGCCUGGAGGAAACACUGCCAACCAGGGCCCUCAGGGGCCAAAAGCUCCCACCAAGAGCAGCAGCAUCACUGUGAGCCCCCGACAGAGGGGGAAUCCUGUCUUGAAAUUCAUAAGGAACGUGCCUUGGGAGUUUGGAGAAAUUGUCCCCGACUACGUUAUGGGCCAGAGCACCUGCGCCCUCUUCCUCAGCCUGCGCUACCACAACCUGCACCCCAAUUACAUCCAUGACCGUCUGCAGGGGCUGGGGAAGAACUACGCCCUGCGGGUGCUCCUGCUCCAAGUAGAUGUGAAGGACCCUCAGCGCGCCCUGAAGGAUCUGGCCAAGAUGUGCAUCCUGGCUGACUGCACCCUGAUUCUGGCCUGGAGCCCAGAAGAAGCCGGGCGGUACCUGGAGACUUACAAGUCCUACGAGCAGAAGCCGGCUGACCUACUGAAGGAAAAGCUGGAGCAAGACUUUGUGUCAAGGGUCACCGAGUGUCUGACCACGGUGAAGUCAGUGAACAAGACGGACAGCCAGACGCUGCUGGCCACCUUUGGGUCCCUGGAGCAGCUGGCAGCCGCCUCUCAAGAUGACUUAGCCCUGUGUCCUGGCUUUGGGCCUCAGAAGGCCCGCAGGCUCUUUGAAGUCCUACACCAGCCCUUCCUGAAGGUGCCCUGAAGACGCCGGGUCUGCUGGGCGGGAGGGUCCCAGGAGGUGCCAAUAAAGCACGGACACCGCA